GCGUGCUUCAAUAUUUUAAUCGUUUUGUCAUGGGCUUUUGCUAUGACUUCUGGCCAACAAGAAGAGCACUUGAAAAUGGAACUCGGAGAACUUCGAACUACAAUCAAUGACUUGAUGCUGACGUACCAAAAGGACAUUGGGCUCAUCCAGGCAAACAGCGCUAAAAAUGAUGAGGACAUUGCCAUAUUACAAUUUGAAAAUGCCCAGCUGAAGAAAGAGAUGGAGUCGUUGAAACAGGCGUCCACACAAGGGCUCGCUCAAGGGGGGAACCGUAGGGCCCGUCGACAGGGUUCGGAAGGACCAGCGGCCUUCACUGCAUGUAUUGGGGCCGCCGAUCUGACCAAUCUUGGUAACCAUCACGUGAUCGUGUUCGACCACCUUCUCACAAACUAUGGCAACGCCUAUCACAAUACCACUGCCCACCACGCUUUGUACCUGGAAAUCGUACAAGAUGGUCGAGUCAUCGACGAUGUCCUGUCCGAUGCCGGAUCAAGCUCAACUUACGCCAGUGUUGGUGAAAUGUGGACCCUAAAGCUACAGCGUGGGUCCGAGGUUUGGAUACGUGCAAGAGUUGCCCCUAACACACUCGCUGACAUCCAUGGACACUGUCAUACCAUGUUCUCGGGGUUUCAGUUGUUUGAAAUCGAAGGCAUGAACCUGAUUGGUUAA